UGUUGCUGGCCCACGAUAUGCCAGGCUCUUCUGGGGCCACCCUCUCAUCCUCUCCUCACAACUGGCCUCAGAAGAGCUGGCGUUACCCCAUCUGACAGGGAAGGAGAAAGAAACUCGGGUGGGCGGGUUCCUCUGCUGAGGCCACACAGCAAAAGGCAGGCAGAGCCAGGCUAGAAUCCACAUGUGCCUGACUGCAGGCCCCGUGUGGGUCCCACGAUGCGCAGGGAUGGAUGAGUCCUUGGGCCUUUCCCUCUGCCAGCUGGCUCUCGGCUCGGCCACCACCAUUGCCUCCUGGAUGCUUGAGCAGGGGCCUUCUCUGCCUGGGGCAGGGGACGGUGUCAGCUGGGGGAGCCCGGGGAGGAGGCGGAGAGGAAGGGGACGGCCUUCUCCUGCCCCCCAGACCGCUCCGCGCGCUCUCCCUUUGCACACAAGCCUAAUCGCGAAGAGGAGCCUGGGGCCCGUGGAGGCUGUCAGCUCCUGCAGCGUCUUGGCAGCCUCCUAUCUGGAUGGUGUGUUGUAUGUUACGUGUUUAGAUCACAGACAGUGGGGUGUUCCCUUGGCAUCCAGGGCUGAGAGUUUGGGGGUUUUGCAUGGUGAAAAAAAGAGCCCAAGUGCCUCCUGUGCCCGGUUCCUCCAACCUGCAUGUCAGGAGAGACUGGGAACAGCGGCCCCCAAGCCUCGGUGACUUGAAACAGCAGCAGGUGACUGCUCACUCCUGCCUCAGGUCACUGCAGGUAGCAGGGGCUUGCUGUGGCCACGCAGGGACCUGGCUGAUGGGGCAGCCACCAUCUCAGGUGCACUGGUCCCUGCGCUGGCGGGCAAGCGAGAGCUCCGGGGUCCUGACCUGGGUAUGAAAUGUUCCGGCCAGAAGUGACGUGUUACUUCACAGCUCAUGGGCCACAACUAGUCCCAUCCCCGCCUCCCACCCCCAACCAGGGUGGGACCGAGGGGCAAUCCUGCCACAUGCUGUGAGGGGAGAGCGGGUCAUAGCAGCGAGGACCACCGCAGCGGGGGCAGAGAAGUGGGACCAGGGCUCUGUGAGGUGGGGGACUUCCCGUCAUGGGCUGCCCAGCAAGCAGGGGGUCUGGCGGGUGUUCCUGAGGCCUGUGCUGGCCUCCUGCGGGGGUCUGCAUCGUUCCUGCUCGGGGGGAGAGACUGCAAACGGGGCCCAGCCUUUUUUCUUGGAGCAGAAGGAAGAGGCGGCAGAGUGAACUCUGCUGUGUUUUUCUUUUAGAAUUGGCUGGGAUUUGCAGACAAGCUUUCUGAUCUGGGGUCGGGAGUCUUGAUUAGGGCCUAAGCACAAGGUCCCAGAGGAAGGAAACGUGCCUGUUCCCGCUUUUCUGUGGGGUGAAAUGAUGCUCUGCCACCGCAUGCUUGACAGACAGAGGGAGUUAAUGGGCCAACACUGAGCCCGGAGGUCACAACUUGACCUUGUGGUUGACUUCCUUCCAGCCCCUUUCCGUCUAUUUACACAUGUUUUUGUUCUGUUUUGUUUCAUAAAAUUGGGGUCAUGUUGUUGGCAGCUUACUUUUUCAUUUAACAACAUAUUGUGAGCACUUCCCCUGGUCAUUCUCUGCAAACGUCGUUUUUAAUGUUUGCCUAAUAGCCCAUCCGGCGGCCGUCCCAUCAUUUUCUCUCUACAUUGCUGUUCUAGCUUCAAGGAAUUCAGUAUGGAUUCCCUUUGUGGAGUCCAGCCCAGUCUGAGAGAGAGGAAGAUUAUAGAAAUGGCCCUGGCCAGUGCCAUCUGUGCAGAGACCGGAAGAGCUCAGAGGGGCCAGGGUCCCACCUUGGGGACUUGGCGGAGACCAGAGCUGUCUGUGUUCCUUCACUCUGUGUCCUCAGUCCGACUCUGCUUUGCGGCCCCUCCCCCAGGCAUGCCCGUCUCAGCCCUGGUGGGGGUGGGGUAGGGUGGGGGGCUUCCUCACCAUCACACCCACAUGCCUGGAGAAGCACAGAUCACCCAGGACCUGCCUUUCUGGCUCUGGGCUGACUUCCUCGUGGACAGCGGGCUUAGGACCUAAGCCUGUGCCCGGGGAAUUUCCCAUCUCCCUGACCUUGGAAUCUACUUUGCUCACCUCUUUGUUACCUCCUUCUGCCCAGAGCCUGCUUUAAUUGAGGAAUUCUCUGAUACAAGAUGGAAAAAACCCAAGGGUAUGAAAGUCACUGCACUUUAUAGCAUUUUAAGGGCCUUUUAAAAACAAUGUUCAUUCACUUUUUUUCUUUUUUUUUUUAUGAGCUUUUUGGUACACACAGCACAUAAUCCCACAAGAAAUGGUUGAGCAUUACACUGGCGUAAAAACCCAGCGUGGAUGUGAACCGCGGUGGAGUUAUGGGCCCGCUUCCGUGGGAGAAGCCUCAGUUCUCCAGCCCUGAGGGGGUUCCUGAGGGCAGCCCUCAGGUGGUCGAAUUCUUGGGGAGGGAGGCUCAGGCCCCCUUCCUGGGGGCUGACUCUGAUGUGGCUUGAACCCUGACCUCCAGAGUCAGCUGCAUGAGCUGUUUUGUGCUUGUCCCUUUUCUCAUCAUUUGUGAACAGUCUGCGUUGCUUCCGUGAGGCAGGCUGGGAAAGCCGGUCCCAUGUCGUGGCUUCUUUAAUGUGGCCCCUGGAUGGUGGCUUGAUGAUUGACCGGUCCAUAGGCCGAGAAGGGGUGAUGACUGUGUGCAGAAGUGAGGAGAUUGGACCAGCUUGGCCACAGAUCCCAGACCGUUGUGGGGUUUGAGGGCACUUACACCUGGGAGGCCCCCAGCCCGGUGCGUGGUGCCACCCGGGGCGGGUUAGCACGCAGCUGCGGCUCAGGCCCAGGUUGGCUGGGAGUGGGAGACGCUCCAGUUCUAAGUAUCCUCAUAACCGUGACUCUUCCAUUUACGCUCUUACACCGCAGCGCUGUCCCACUUGUCCUGCACGUUCCAAUAUUUCAUUAUCCUAAGUGGAUCUCCCAAGUCACCUCCCAAACCCACAAACUGCACACACUUAUUUUGUCAGAGCUUGAGAUCUGCGUUUUGCUUUGCAGAGCAGAAUAGAGUUUCUGUUCAUGGCGUGUUCACUCUGUACCAGGCUUGCCUCUGCUGCCUAGCAGCCCAAGCGGUGGGGGCUCUGCCAGCGAGACCAUGAGACAUUCAGAGAGGUUAAGUCACUUGCCCAAGGCCACACAGGAGACAGGCCCUGAGCUCGGAGCAGACCGGUUCCAAGACCAAGGAUCGGGAGCCCCUUUGAAAAUCCAGUGGGGCCCCCGGGGCAGCUGGGAGUUGGAAUAGCACCAGUGAACGUGUGUUUCCGAACAGAUAGGGCUGUGGCUGCAACUCUGCCACCUCCCGGGACACCCCCCUCCCUCUCCUCGCCCAGGGCAGGGUGGCUUCUUGGCUGGGGUGGGUGGGACAGAGCUGACCCCUGCCGGCCUCCAGCCUGGGCUCCAGCGCCCCCUCUCAGGAUCGCCCUGACAUUCCUCAGUGUGCGCCUGCUUCCAGGUCGCUGUUGGGACUCCUCUUUCCGUCCCGGUCUUUAUUUUCCUCCGUUAGAAGGGCUUCGCGUUUACUGAUUGUUGUCUCCGGACCUUCCAUUUUUCUCUGCAGCUCCUGCAAUCUGAAAAUGAGUCUUCCAGCCUCGUUAGCCACUGUAUUCUGAAGAGCAUCCGACCUUUCCCUGAUCAGCUCCAACUAGUCGUGGCCGGUGGCUUCGACUGAGCUGGGCCAGGGAAUGGGGGCUGCAGUGCCGGGGGCUGCCUGGAGGCCGCAGGCGGGCCCAAGGGAUGGAUGACACCAGGUGCCCGCCGGGCACCACCCCUGCUGCCUGUCUCACCGCCUCUCCCACCUCUGCUCCUCCCCUCUGCCCAGGGGUCGAAGGCACUUGUCCCUCAACGUGACAGGAGCUGCUGGGCCUCACCGUCAGGUGCCGGGCUGCGGAGGAGGCUGCCGCUUGUUGGGAGCCCAAAGCCCGGGUCCGUAGAUGGCACAGGGGAUGGAGCCAGGGCUUUGGGGUCAGUUAGGUCUGGUGGCAGGAGGCCUGCCUUAUCUCUCUAUACGUGGGUGGAGGGAGCGUAAGAGCGCUGGCGCUCGUGCUGCCGUGCGUGGCGGCGCUCGGGAUUACGUUGUGACUGUGGUGGUGGAGUGGGACCACGUCUGUGCCCCUCGCUCUGCGUCCGGUUUGCGGUUCAUGGAGCCCGGCUGCGCUCUGGCGGGGGCUUCCCGUUUUGCGGCCUAUGGGGCGGGAGUGGCUGGGAUUGGGUGGGGCGUGGCUGCCAGGACUGUGGAUCUGACCUCCAUUCUGCCCCUUGGCCAGUGGGAGAAGAGUCAAAACACUCGGAGAGAUUUCCUCCACUGGGUCUUUCUGUGCAAAUAAAUAAUCCUUCAGGCAGAGCUGGGAGAGAAGUGCACGCAUCAGAGGAAGUGAGGUUUCAGGGCUGCUUCCGUGGAAGUGAGGUUUCAGGGCUGCUUCCGUGGUGCCCUCAGCUCCUCUGCAGCAGAGUAUCUUCCAGCAUUUUCUGCUUGAGAAGUUGCUGCAGCAGGGCCUCAUUUUGGAGCCAGAGCUCAUCUUUUUUCACUGGACAGAUACAUCUUGGGUGUCUACUCUGUUUCAGGCACACUGCUUGGGGCACCCCACUUCCCGGGUCCAGAACCACCUGGGUCCUGCCGACUUCCGGCCCCGGCAGCCCUAUCGGUGCCCCAGCUCCUAGUAGGAAUUUGGGAGGCAGGCAGUACUCCACCCCUCACCGCGGCCAGGUUGGGUACUCAGGUGCACACCACGUGCUUGAAGUUCACGGCCAACCUGAGGGGCUGCCGGGCUGUGUGGGCUUCUGGAGAGCUCUGCGGGGUCCAAGGUGUCAUCCCUCCCUCUGCCCUGUUUGAUCAAUGAUUUGUUAGCACUCUCUUGGCUGGUCUGCCUCACUCUCUUGUUUACCAUUCGCUGUUAACAACAGUAAUUACAGUAUAGUUGUGAGAUGAAAACAUGACUAAAUUAUGACACUGCUUGUGUAACAGUCUCUUAAAACUGACUCAGAAGGCAACAGCUGCACAAUUAGGCUAUAAAUUCUCUUCAAUGAACGUGUCGGUGGCCACGGUACCUGUGUGGCAGCGUUGUGCGGGAGAUAACUAGGCUUAAUGGGCUCGGAGAGCGAGCAUCCAGGAUGGCCUCGUAAAGAAGGAAACUUUGUUCUUUGCCAUAAACCGCUUGUUCUCUUAUAAAAACAAAGGGCUCAGUGUUGGACCAUUAACUCCCUCUGUCUGUUAGGGACCGCGGUGGCGGAGCAUCGUUUGACAAGCGGACACCAGGCGUCCUCUCCUGCCUUGAGGUGUGGCCUUCUCUGAGCCUCCUGUGGAUGCAGUGCCAGCAAGAGGCCUGGGUGGGAUUUAGUGAGUAGCGGGCGGCAAGCGUGGCCUCUGUGGGGGCCCCGGCGAGCUUCUGCAGGCCUCCAGAUGGGCUAGCGAGGCCUGCCACUCUGACCUUAACAACCCAUUGAAGAUGAAAUCCCUGAGGCAGGGCACCUGCCAGGGAUGUGGGUCUGGGAGCUGUAAAGCUGUGAGGUUCAACGGGGGAUGAAGGAGGCUUUCCUCCAGUUUGUUAUUCGAAAGCAAACGUUGUAUAGCACAAAACUAAGAAGGAUGAAGACCGGCAGGCUGUUAAGGACUUUUGUCCCCGCCCUACCCUGACUUCGGUUGGCGCCUGACUCAGUGACACUCUCAUGGGAGGCUCUGCUGUCUGUCUCCACACGGCUCUCAGAAGGGCAUUCACUUCCUUUUGCUGCCGUAACAAAUUACCCUGGACUUUGUGGCUUAAAACAGCACAGAUUUAUUAUUUUAUGUCUCCAAAGUCAGAAGUCUGACCUAGAUCCCACCGGGCUAAAAUCAAGGAGUGGACAGGGCAGCUUCUAGGGGCCGCCUGCAUCCCUCGGCUCCAUCUUCAAGGCCAGCAGUGGCGGAGACCUUCUCCUGUCAUCUCUCUCUGACCCUGUCUCCGGCCUUCUUCUGCGCUUCCAUUCUUGAGGGUUCAUGUGAUUGCAUUGUGCCCCGGACAACCCUCCCAUCUCAGGAUCAGCCGAUUAGCAGCCUUAAUCGCACCUGCAGUCUGAAUUGCCUUUUGCCCUGUAGCAUGACAUAUACACAGGUGCUGAGGGUGACGACGUGCACAUCUUUGGGGGGGGCGGUGUUCUCCUGACCAGAGUCAGGGGAGAGCAGGACCAUGGGCCAGUUUGACCUCUGUGCCCUCUGAGCUCACACGGGCAAGGCUGGGACUUGAGGAAGGUAGAAAUGAGCUGGUCUUACUUGAAAUCAGAAAGAAGGAAGCGCAGCUGCGUCAGUUGCAUGGCCUGUCCAUGCAGGGGGCUGUCUACACUGCAGAUGUGACUUGCGUUUUCCAGGAACUCCUGCCCAGGGACAGAGUGUGAACUCGUGUGAACAAAACCCAGAAGCGGAUGUACCCCACAGUGUCAUGGACUGUGCCAGAACCUUCCUGGAUUAAAAUCACAAGUGGGGAGGGUCAGUGGCAACCUUUUCCUCUUGGAGAAGGUGUAGAUCAGGAAGCUGGCUUUAAAAGAUUGUUCCGUGUUAACAGUUUUCGAAAUAAAUGAACACACAGCAAACCCCAGAUGCGCCGCAGACCCACUGGUGGGAGUCAUGGCCGUGGGCUUGAUAACUCACCGUUCGGGGACUACAGAGCUUUUCAUCCACAGCCGUGGACCAACAGGCCCCCUCCACUGUCUCCCAACCCAGCCUGGAUAGGAGGCUGCUGGACCUUCCUCUCAGACAGCUUUCAUGAUGAUUUGCAGGCAUCUCCCUGGACCUGUCCGCACAAUGGAUUUCUGGAGCAUGUCCUCAGGGACCUCUAGCUCCAGGCCUAUUACUGAAGUCCGUAACCCAGAAAAUCUGUUGACGGAACUGUUCUCUCUGAACUGCAAGCAAAUUGGGAAAUUGGAAUGUGAUGCAAUAAGCUUCAAUAAAACGGAGUCUCCGAGAAGUGCAGGAGACGCAUCUCCUCCCAGCCCCCGUCUGCCACGCUGCCGCAGCUUCCCGAGCUGUCAUCCUUGAGGGUGGCCACAUACGGUAUUUAUUUUUUUUAAUUAAGCUGCGUUGCCGUGUGACCCACCCUCCACAGGUGCCUUACAAAGCCCAGCCGUAUACGUUGCUGAAAGUUUUUUAUUUUUUUUUAAGCGGAUAGUAAAAUUAAGCAGUUAUUAGUAUUCACGAAAAAUGCUCAUGGCAGGCUUCGUACACGUAAUGAGAAGCCACCUGCAGUUCAAAGCAGUACUUGAUAAUGCUGUAAUUAGAUUUGAGAUGCAAAAAAGCUCAUUAAAAUUAAAUAACAUAUUUGUCACUGUUUUAAGAGGUACAGAUUGCCUAGAACCAUGCUGGUCUCUUGACCUUGAGUAUUUUGGCGGAGCCCUUGCUGCCAACAAUUGGAAAAUAACGUCAGCAGUUCUGCAGAGAGUCCUAAAAACAUGUUCAUCCUCGGUUCAGUUUGAGUUGAAAAAAAAAUGAUAUAGGUGUCCAGGGGAAGUCACGGGUUUGUACACAGUGUGAUCUGGGAGAAAAGGGGAACCAGAGUCCUCUCCGAACAGGCAGUUCAAGUAACACCAAGGGAGGAUGAGCGUGUGUAUGUGGGGACACCGUGAUGGGGUCUGCAGGAAGCGGCGAUGGUGGCACCGGGCACCACUGCUCAGCCCUCUGGCCCCGACUUGGACGAAGCCGCUUGCUCAGAGCAGGCCCAGGACUACUGAGGAUCAGACCAUCAGCAACGCAAGUGCCGGAAAUUGCAGCUUAUUUAAUAACAUUUGAGAAACACGAAGAAUGGCUAACCACAUCCCCUAAGACAAGACCGCAGAAUGGCUCAAUGAUCCUCUACAACAGGAAGAAAGUGAAAUACAGGAAAGAUGGGUAUUGCUGGAAAAAGAGGAAAGAUGGGAAAACGACCAGAGAGGACCACAUGAAACUGAAGGUCCAGGGAGUAGAGUGCUUGUACGGCUGCUAUGUCCAUUCCUCCAUCAUCCCCACCUUCCACCGGAGGUGCUACUGGCUCCUUCAGAACCCCGACAUCGUCCUGGUGCACUACCUGAAUGUCCCGGCCAUCGAGGACUGCGGUAAGCCCUGCGGGCCCGUCCUCUGCUCCAUCAACACCGACAAGAAGGAGUGGGUGAAAUGGACCAAGGAGGAGCUCAUCGGGCAGCUGAAGCCCAUGUUCCACGGCAUCAAGUGGACCUGCAGCAACGGGAACAGCAGCUCGGGCUUCUCGGUGGAGCAGCUGGUACAGCAGAUCCUUGACAGCCACCAGACCAAGCCACAGCCGCGGACCCACAACUGCCUCUGCACUGGCAGCCUGGGAGCGGGCAGCAGUGUGCACCACAAGUGUAACAGUGCCAAACACCGCAUCAUCUCGCCGAAGGUGGAGCCGCGGACGGGGGGUUACGGGGGCCACGCGGAGGUGCAGCACAAUGACGUAUCCGAGGGCAAGCACGAGCACAGCCACGGCAAGGGCUUGAGCCGCGAGAAGAGGAACGGCAAGGUGGCCAAGCCGGUACUGCUGCACCAAAACAGCACAGAGGUCUCCUCCACCAACCAGGUGGAGGUCCCCGACACCACCCAGAGCUCCCCGGUUUCCAUCAGCAGCGGGCUCAACAGUGACCCGGACAUGGCGGACAGCCCCGUGGUCACGGGCGUGUCCAGCAUGGCGGUGGCCUCCGUGAUGGGGAGCUUGUCCCAGAGCGCCACGGUGUUCAUGUCCGAGGUCACCAACGAGGCCGUGUACACCAUGUCCCCCACCGCAGGCCCCAACCAACACCUCCUGUCGCCCGACGCCUCUCAGGGCCUCGUCCUGGCCGUGAGUUCCGAUGGCCACAAAUUCGCCUUCCCUACCACGGGUAGCUCGGAGAGCCUGUCCAUGCUGCCCACCAAUGUGUCCGAAGAGCUCGUCCUCUCCACCACCCUCGACGGGGGCCGGAAGAUUCCAGAAACCACCAUGAACUUUGACCCCGACUGUUUCCUCAAUAACCCAAAGCAAGGCCAGACGUACGGGGGCGGAGGCCUGAAAGCCGAGAUGGUCAGCGCCGACGUCCGGCACUCGCCACCAGUGGAGAGGGGCUUCGGCUUCACCACCGUCCUGACCAAGGAGAUUAAGACCGAAGACACUUCCUUCGAGCAGCAGAUGGCCAAGGAGGCCUACUCCUCCUCCGCGGCGGCCGCGGCUUCCAGCUCCCUCACCCUGAGCGCCGGCUCCAGCCUCCUGCCGUCGGGCGGCGGCCUGAGCCCCAGCACCACCCUGGAGCAGAUGGACUUCAGUGCAAUAGACUCCAACAAGGACUACACAUCCAGCUUCAGCCAGACGGGCCCCCACGUCCACCAGACCCCUUCCCCGAGCUUCUUCCUGCAGGACGCCAGCAAGCCCCUCCCCAUUGAGCAGAACGCCCACAGCAGCCUGGGUGACUCUGGGGGCACCUUUGUGAUGCCCACGGUGAAAACAGAGGCGUCGUCACAGACCAGCUCCUGCAGCGGCCACGUGGAGACACGGAUUGAGUCCACUUCUUCCCUCCACCUCAUGCAGUUUCAGGCCAAUUUCCAGGCCAUGGCGGCGGAAGGGGAGGUCACUAUGGAGACCUCGCAGGUGGCCGAAGGGGGCGAGGGCCUGAUCAAGUCCGGGGAGCUGCAGGCCUGUAGCUCUGAGCACUACCUGCAACCCGAGCCCACCGGGGUGAUCCGCAGCGCCGGCGGCGUCCCCCUCCUCCCGGGCAACGUGGUGCAGGGACUCUACCCCGUGGCCCAGCCCGGCCUGGGCAACGCCUCCAACAUGGAGCUCAGCCUGGACCACUUCGACAUCUCCUUCGGCAACCAGUUCUCCGACCUGAUCAACGACUUCAUCUCCGUGGAGGGGGGCGGCAGCGCCAUCUACGGGCACCAGCUGGUGUCGGGGGAUGGCGCAGCGCUCUCGCAGUCAGAGGACGGGGCCCGUGCCCCCUUCACCCAGGCAGAGAUGUGCAUCCCCUGCUGCAGCCCCCAGCAGGGCAGCCUGCAGCUGAGCAGCGCCGAGGGCGGGGCCAGCACCAUGGCCUACAUGCACGUUGCCGAGGUAGUCUCGGCCGCCUCAGCCCCGGGCACCCUGGGGAUGCUGCAGCAGAGCGGACGGGUGUUCAUGGUGACCGACUACUCUCCAGAGUGGUCUUACCCGGAGGGAGGAGUGAAGGUUCUCAUCACAGGCCCGUGGCAAGAAGCCAGCAAUAAUUACAGCUGCCUGUUCGACCAGAUCUCAGUGCCUGCGUCCUUGAUUCAGCCCGGGGUGCUCCGCUGCUACUGCCCAGCCCAUGACACUGGUCUUGUGACCCUACAAGUUGCCUUCAACAACCAGAUCAUCUCCAACUCAGUGGUAUUUGAGUACAAAGCUCGGGCCCUGCCCACACUCCCAUCCUCCCAGCACGAUUGGCUGUCACUGGACGAUAACCAGUUCAGGAUGUCCAUCCUUGAGCGACUGGAGCAGAUGGAAAGGAGGAUGGCUGAGAUGACCGGGUCCCAGCAGCACAAGCAGGGGAGCGGAGGAGGGAGCAGCGGAGGGGGCAGCGGUAGUGGGAACGGAGGAAGCCAAGCUCAGUGCGCAUCUGGCCCCGGGACCCUGGGGAGCUGCUUUGAGAGCCGCGUGGUUGUCGUGUGCGAGAAGAUGAUGAGCCGGGCCUGCUGGGCAAAGUCCAAGCAUCUGAUCCACUCAAAGACUUUCCGUGGAAUGACCCUCCUCCACCUGGCCGCAGCCCAGGGUUACGCCACCCUCAUCCAGACCCUGAUCAAAUGGCGCACAAAGCAUGCAGAUAGCAUUGAUUUGGAACUGGAGGUUGACCCCUUGAAUGUGGACCACUUCUCCUGUACUCCUCUGAUGUGGGCAUGUGCUCUCGGGCACUUAGAAGCAGCUGUCGUGCUGUACAAGUGGGACCGUCGGGCUAUCUCUAUUCCGGACUCUCUAGGAAGGCUGCCUUUGGGAAUUGCCAGGUCAAGGGGUCAUGUGAAAUUAGCAGAGUGUCUGGAGCACCUGCAGAGGGACGAGCAGGCUCAGCUUGGCCAGAACCCCAGAAUCCACUGUCCUGCAAGUGAGGAACCCAGUGCAGAGAGCUGGAUGACCCAGUGGCACAGCGAAACAAUCCACUCCCCAGAAAUACCCAAAGGAGUCACCGUCAUUGCAAGUACCAAUCCAGAGCUGAGAAGACCUCGGUCUGAACCCUCUAAUUACUACAGCAGUGAGAGCCACAAAGAUUAUCCAGCUCCCAAAAAGCAUAAAUUGAACCCUGAGUACUUCCAGGCAAGGCAGGAGAAGCUGCUUUCCACUGCACUGAGUCUGGAACAGCCAAAUAUCAGGAAGCAGAGCCCUAGUUCUAAGCAAUCUGUCCCCGAGACAAUCAGCCCCAGUGAAGGAGUGAGGGACUACAGCCGGGAAAUCUCCCCUCCCACUCCAGAGACUGCAGGAUUCCAAGCCUCUGGAUCUCAGCCGGUAGUAAAGUGGAAUUCCAAAGAUCUUUACAUUGGUGUGUCUACAGUACAGGUGACUGGAAGUCCGAAGGGGACCAGUGUAGGAAAGGAUGCAACGCCUUCACAGGUGCGUCCACGGGAACCAAUGAGUGUCCUGAUGAUGGCUAACAGAGAGGUGGUGAACACAGAGCUGGGGCCCUACCGUGAUAGUGCAGAAAGUGAGGAGUGCUCACAACCCGUGGAUGACAUACAGGUGAACAUGAUGACCUUGGCAGAGCACAUCAUCGAAGCCACCCCUGAGCGGAUCAAGCAGGAGAACUUUGUGCCCACGGAGUCCCCGGCAUUGGAGAGGACAGACGCGGCCACCAUCAGCAGUACGAUGAGCUGGCUGGCCGGUUACCUAGCUGACGCAGACCAUCUGCCAAAUGCCGCCCAGAUCAGAAGUGCAUAUAACGAGCCUCUAACCCCUUCUUCUAAUACCAGCCUGAGCCCUGUAGGCUCACCAGUCAGUGAAAUAGCUUUCGAGAAACCCAGCCUUCCCUCCGCCGCAGACUGGUCUGAAUUCCUGAGUGCGUCUACCAGUGAGAAGGUGGAGAAUGAAUUUGCUCAGCUGACUCUGUCUGAUCACGAACAGAGAGAACUCUAUGAAGCGGCCAGGCUUGUCCAGACAGCUUUCCGGAAGUACAAGGGCCGACCCUUGCGGGAGCAGCAGGAAGUGGCAGCAGCUGUCAUUCAGCGUUGUUACAGAAAAUAUAAACAGCUGACAUGGAUAGCCUUGAAGUAUGCACUUUAUAAAAAGAUGACACAGGCUGCCAUCCUGAUCCAGAGCAAAUUCCGAAGUUACUACGAACAAAAAAAAUUUCAGCAGAGCCGGCGUGCUGCUGUGCUGAUCCAGAAGUUUUACCGGAGUUAUAAAAAGUGUGGCAGGAGACGGCAGGCUCGGCGGACGGCAGUCAUCGUACAGCAGAAACUCAGGAGCAGUUUGCUAACCAAAAAGCAGGACCAGGCUGCUCGAAAAAUAAUGAGGUUUCUACGCCGCUGUCGCCACAGCCCCCUGGUGGACCAUAGGCUGUACAAAAGGAGUGAAAGAAUUGAAAAAGGCCAAGGAACUUGAAGACAUACAGCAGCAUCCCUUAGCAAUGUGACACUGCUUUUCAGACUGUUUUCAUUUCUGUUUUUAGGAGAGACAUGCGACAACACACACACACACACACACACACAUGCACGCGCACACACACACACACACACACACACAACAUAAUCCCUCUGCAGUUUUGGGGAGAUGAGCUGCAGGAUUUUAACAGGAAUGUUUUGGUCAUUGCAUUUGCACUUUCAUGGACAACUUUUAAUUUGAUCAGCAAGACAUCUUGGAAUUCAAUCUUCUGUUGGAUCAUGGGCAAACAAGACACCACGAGGAAUCGAAAGAGGCUUUCCUCCUCUUAGGAAGAAGCCGUCUUCCUUCUCACAUAGGGCUGUAUUCAAACAUCGUGUGGAACUGUACAAAUAUUUAUACCAAAAAUAUAGAUAAGAAAAGGUGGGGAUGCACUAGCAACAAAGAGAAUGCUGUUCCUGCACCUGUCAGUUAUUUCCAAGAAGCUGAAUCUUUGGGAUUGAUUCUCAGUGGAGGGCUUAGAUCAUACAAAUCUUUAUUGGGUCCGUGUGUUCUCAUUUCCUUCACUGUGUUUAGUUGAUUUUAAUUUGUCUGUUUGUGUUUCAAUCUUUACAGCACACUUAAUGCAACUUUUAAAAUCUGCAGGUUAUUAAUGUCUUGUGGAAAUUUGCAGAGGGGCAGGUGCGUGGUAAACGGGUAAUGCGUGGGAAAUGAUGAAUAACAGCGUACAGAGUUUAAAUUUAUUUUCUGUCCCCACCACCUCCCAAGAACCUGCGAGGAUAGUCAUCAUCUUGUCCCUUUUCUCAUGUUCAGCACUUUAAUUUUUUUGCCUUACUUUCACGUGCAAUGAGAAUUACUUAGAGAAUUGGUAAAGCAUGUAGCUUUUUUUAGGAGCCUCGGAAACUGUAGUCAUUCUAAGGAAUCAUAAACCUUGCCUGGACAUUUGCCACCUAAAAGAUCAGUGUGGUGCUGCGUUCUGGCCAGUAAAUCCCAUAUUUUUGGCUAUAUCUCAUCCAACCUGAGCAGUUUCUGUGUAUAUAUAGAAGGUAGAAAUGGAAAGUGAGAAAAUAUUUGAAAGGGAUUAUAUUAAUUGCUAAAUAUUUUAUUCACAAAGGUCAAUAACAUGGCAAGAUAAAAUUAUUUGUAUAGUUUUGUCUGAAUGAGCGAGAAAAACUGGAUGUAUUGUUUGUAUAUAUUGUAUAUAUUAAAACAAAGAGAUAUGUGCAUGAAAUCAAGAAAAAAGAAAUGAACAAAAGCAAAGCAUUAGUGGCUAUGGUCUGUAAAAUGAAACAAAAAAAAAACCUUUAUUUCACUAUAAGAGUACUUUAUUUUAAAUGUUCUUUAGAAGAACAUUUUGCUAAAGCAUGACUAAACUGCAAAAAAAAAAGAGCUACUGUAUUAAGACUUAGGAGAAAAGGCAGAGUGACAUUACUUAAAAAAAAAAGGGUAUGUUUACAUUUAAUUUGGGCUACCAGGAGUUUAUUUUAUUUUAUUUAAAUUCUUUUUUUGCCAAUGGUGCCAAGUAAUGUGAAUGCUGAUAUUGCUUUAAAAAAUUAAGUUACUUUUGCUAAACAGAUAAUCAUGAGAUGAAUCAGUAUAUAGCUUAACACCAUCCACUCACUCCAACAAAGAACACUUAGAACGGUCAAAACCUGACAAAAGAAAUAGGAUGAAAAGUAGAAAAAUGACUCAUGUUUUCAUAUCUCCUGCUGGAAAUCAGAAAAUGGAAUAAAAAUUGCACAAAAAGUAACUACAAAUUAAAAGAGUGCAAACUGGUCUCGUAGGGAUGUCAUGGUAGAUGAUUACUAUUUCCACAUAAUGAGGAACCAAAGAAAUCUGAUGCUUUUAACAACUCAACUACUAAUGUUAAAUCGAGAGAAUAAAGUUCGCAUUUGCUGAUGCCAGUUUAAAAUUCCCAGGUUAAGUUUCAGGAUCAGUUGGUGUAAAGCUGAGAGACUAGUUUUUUUCCCCCUUGGUUCUGGCUGCCAACUGUAAGUGAAAACUCGAGGCUUGUUGUGAAGCCUAAAAAUAUUCACAAAUCAGCUUUUAAACUGGUGUCUUAGAAGGAAGGUAGAUACAAAAAGAUUGUGGUAACAACUGGGGUCAGUGCUCUUGGUGCCUUUUCUAUAAUUGUACUUGUUUUUUAAUUACUUCCUUUCACUGCCAACCUCGAAUUACUGUACAGUAUACGUCUUACUGCUUGUGAUCAGCUUUGAUGACAGUGACAGCCCCACAACUAGCAGCCACCUGUACAUUUGUAAACUGACCUGACUCAAUUUUGUCUUUAAAUGUGUGGGUUAUGUUGCAGCUGUUGCAGUCCCCCAAAUACCUAUUAUUUUACACAAUCUGACCUAUAGGAGGACACUUACAAACACACAGUUGCAUUCAUCGACGGGAAGAGAACGUGAAAGCCAGCUCUUUCAGAAUAUCCUUUAUUAAUACUGAAUUUGGGUAUGUUUAUUCCAUCUUGGUACAAAUAACCGAUCUUUUGACAAGAGUAAUGACCUCAGUGGAUUUGCUUUAACGCUCAUUUUUUUUUUAAUGUUUCACAUGCUACAUUAUUAGCUGAGUAAGUUAGAGAAUCUGAAAGAUAAGGACUGACAUAGAAUUAGGAGCGUUCUUAUGGAGGGCAUAGAAGUAGGUUCGAAACCUACCCGUGUAACCUACCAGUACAACUGUGAAUCCCAGGUGAGGUACAAAUGCACUUCCACUGAAACGAAGCAUUUCUGACCGCUUUUUCUCGGUUGUGAAUCUUAAUUUUUGAAUAUAAGAUGAUAGGUAAACGCAGCUUUCUUGGAUAAUCUAAAUUCCCAAGUGCCAGGAGUAGGAUUUCAUUAUAAAAUUAAUAGCUAAUCUUAUUCUGUCUCCUGAAGAUUUAAUUGCUAUUCUUGUUACCCAUUUGAAAUCAGCUGUACUGUGUGAACGAAAUCGAGACAAUAACUAGAACCCCUCUCUGGCUGCACGGUCGCUUAUGGCAGUUCCACACAGUAGUUGGCGCCCAAUGGGGGGUCCCUGAGACUUGCAUGUAAAACUAGUCUAGAUGUCUUCUUUUUUGUAAGUUUUAUUUUUGUAACUGUGCAUGUAAAGCAUCAUUGAAUCAAUGGAUCUGUUGAAGAACUCAGCUGCUGGAAACCAUGCAAAAUGUUUUGAAUUGCCCUUAAAAUAUGGAAAAUGUUUUCUGAAUGCUUUAUAUUCUUUCUGCUGUAAAUUAAAAAUGAAGAAAAUUUCCCCA